AUGAAGUUCCAAGCCAUCCUCCUCCUCGCGGCCAGCGCCAUCGCCGCACCUACGCCAGAGGCAGUUGCCGAGCCAGCUCCCGCCGAUGUUGGUGCCACAACCAAGGCCCAACGCCUCUUGUGCUCCGGUCUCUGGACUGGAAACGACCUUAGCUUCGGAGACCUCAAGUGGGCAAUGAACAACCGCAGAGAUGAGUUGCAGCUCAAGGCCGGAUGGUGGAACGAGGUCAACACCGCCUGCAGAUCGACAGAUGGCAGGAACAUUGCGCAGAAUGGUUCAAGGAUCACCUACAACCACGCACGAAGCACCCAGGCGAAGACAACUUUGAAGUUCAACGGCGCGGUGGUUUGCUCGCCGCAGAGCGACUGGCGUCUUAAGUGCGACAAGGCUUGA